AUGUCUUCCCUCCAGAGCGUUCCCCUCCGUCAACGACGGUUCGCGCCCCUCGGUUCCACCGACGCGACAGCGCCUGCUUUAAAGGGAAUCGUAUUCGACGUGGAUGGUACAUUAUGCCUCCCCCAAAACUACAUGUUCUCUCAGAUGCGAAACGCCCUCGGCAUCGAGAAGAAAAUAGACAUUCUCCACCACAUUCGGAGCCUCCCCAGCGAGGAGCGCCUCGAGGCAGCCGACAAGAUCAAGGCUAUCGAGCGCGAAGCCAUGACGCACCAGCAGCCACAGCCAGGGCUGGUUGAUUUGAUGGACUAUCUGCAUGAUGCGGGGGUGCGCAGAGCGCUGUGUACGCGGAAUUUCGAAGCCCCUGUCAUGCACCUCUUGUCGAACCACCUGCCCGCGCACGUCUUCGUGCCCAUCAUCACCCGCGAGACGCCUGGGUUGCUGCCUAAGCCGGAUCCUGAUGGGAUUUUGCAUAUUGCGAGGGAAUGGGGGUUGGAGAAUGCGGGGGAGAAUCUGAUUAUGGUCGGGGAUAGUCUUGAUGAUAUGACGGCGGGACAUACGGCUGGUGCGGCGACGGUGCUGCUCUUGAAUGAUCAUAAUGGACAUUUGAAGGAGCACGAGCAUACGGAUCUGUGUAUUCAGAGACUGGAUGAGCUUAUUGGGAUCCUGCAGGCAGGGUUUGUUGGGCGGUAG